UUCAGUCAGAGUGCUGAAGGCGAAUUUGAGCUGCGAGCGCGGACGGGACGGGUGCGUGCGCGCGCUCCCUCCCCUCCCCCCACCGUGGCCAUGAUAGUGUUCGUCAGGUUCAACUCCAGCCAUGGUUUCCCAGUGGAGGUUGAUUCAGACACCAGCAUCUUCCAGCUCAAGGAGGUGGUUGCUAAGCGACAGGGAGUUCCAGCUGACCAGUUGCGUGUGAUUUUUGCAGGGAAGGAGCUUAGGAAUGACUUGACACUGCAGAACUGUGACUUGGCCCAGCAGAGUAUAGUUCAUAUUGUUCAGAGUCCCCUAGACAGUGGUCAGAAAAGGACUGAUGUUGAAACUGCCAACGCUGGAGGUAUUCUAGGAGGCAUGGAAAAAGAGCCUGAAAGUCUAACCCGUGUAGAUCUUAGUACCAGCAUCCUCCCAUCUUAUUCUGCAGGGCUGGCUGUUAUUCUGGAUACUACAGACAACAGCAUUUCCCUUCCAUCUGAUAAAUCAGGUGCAGCUAGUUACAACAGUUUUUAUGUUUUCUGCAAAAGUUUCUGCCAAGCCGUGAAGCCUGGAAAACUGCGGGUCCGUUGCAGUACAUGUAAAGAAGGGACACUGACUCUGACAAGGGGUCCAUCUUGCUGGGAGGAUGUGCUGAUUCCAAACAGAAUAGCUGGCACUUGCCAAUCCCGAAACUGCCGUGGAGAUAUAGCGGAGUUUUAUUUUAAAUGUGGAGCACACCCAACUUCUGACAGUGAAACAUCUGUGGCUUUGAACCUCAUUACAACAAACAGCCAGCAUAUCACAUGUAUAACAUGCACAGAUAUUAGAAGUCCUGUGCUGGUGUUCCAGUGCUUGCAUCGCCAUGUCAUUUGCCUAGACUGCUUCCAUUUAUACUGUGUGACUAUGCUGAAUGAUCGCAAGUUCAUCCAUGACCCUGUGCUUGGCUACUCUCUCCCAUGUGUUGCUGGCUGUCCAGACUCCUUGAUUAAAGAGCUUCAUCACUUCAGAGUUCUGGGAGAAGAACAGUACAACCGCUACCAGCGCUAUGGUGCAGAAGAGUGUGUGCUGCAGAUGGGCGGAGUGCUGUGUCCUACCCCAGGAUGUGGUGCUGGCCUGCUUCCUGAACCAGAAGUGAGAAAAAUAGUAUGUGAGCCAAGCAAUGGACUGGGCUGUGGGUUCGUGUUCUGCCGUGAAUGUAAAGAAGAAUACCAUGAUGGGGAAUGCAGCACUCUCGAAGAGAGUAGCAGUACUACAACACAAGGAUAUAUGAUUGAUGAGCAUGCAGCCAUGCAAGCACGAUGGGAAGAGGCAUCCAGAGAAACAAUCAAGAAAACAACCAAACCAUGUCCUAGUUGCCAUGUACCAGUAGAAAAAAAUGGUGGAUGCAUGCACAUGAAAUGUCCUCAAGCUCAAUGCAGAUUUGAAUGGUGCUGGAACUGUGGUUUGGAGUGGAACAGGACCUGCAUGGGAGACCACUGGUUUGACUAA